CGAAGCUGCUACAACAACGGGACUCUAUGAGCACAGCUCCGGCUCUGUGUCUGGUCAAGACCCACAUAUCUGUCCUUUGUCUGGUUGUUUCUGAGGCGGGCUUGUAACGGCUGCCUCAGCUGGUGGACAAACACUCAGAGUGGGCGCUGGGAGAGUCAGUGACCCGGAAUGUGAGGUUUUAGGAGAAGGAAGCGGUGGAUCAUACUGAUGCGGAAUUUACGAGAAGAUCUCGAAGAGGAGAGUCAGGCCUACGUCGUCUUCUAUUAGUUUGACCGCCAUGUUUGCACUCUGUUGGACAGCCUGAGCCAGCUGCUUCUCUACAAGCAGUGACAGUGCACAGUGGUGCGUGAGCAGUCCACAUGAUGUGUCCAGGGCUCUGAGCUGACCCACCGGACAGACGCUGUUCUGUCUCGUUGGUGCGGUGAACACAGGCAGGUCUGAGCAUGCAGUCUUAAUGAGAUCAGUCAGGGCUCCUGUGAUCCUAAACCCAUCAACAUGGAGUUUGUAGUUAAGAAGAUACUGGGCAGAAAACUCACAGCUCCUCCAAGUUGACAGGCCCCUCCUACAUUUCCUCUGUCCAAUGGAAGCCAAAGGAUGCAGCCAGAGAUGGAAGAUGCACCUCCCAGAGUUUAAGCACAGCAGAAGAUGCUCAAGUCUGACGUCAAAAGACAGUGAAAGAGGCAAAACAGAAACAGAGAGAGACAGAGGACGGUCACACAAAAGUGUUUCUCUGGCGUCCACCUCCAGGUUUAUGACAGACAGACAGUAUGUGAUGAGGAAGCCUUUGUUCUCUGCAGAACAGCAUACAUCCAUCUUAAAGAAGACACAGGAGCACACACAGAAGGAGGAACUCUCAGGUGUUAACAGAAGAGAACAAACUGAUAUGAACUUCUCGACCAGACCAGGAGAAGAGCUGACCCCAGAGAGCUUCAGCCGUUCUCUCAGAGAUGUCUCACCUCCCUCAGCCUCCAGCGAAGACCUCGGCUCACCCUUGGGUGUCUCAGACCUCAGGCUUUACCACAAAAUAUCCACUUCUGGAUCACCUUUCUCUGCCAGCAGAUCAGCUCAGCGGAGCCUCUUCAGCUCCAUCCUGGAAGUCCAGAGACUAAACCCUCCUCAGAGACCACGACUGACCUCCACUGUCCUGAAUCCUACCUACAGCCCUCGCUCAGGGUACUCGAGGCCAGGCCAGAUGGAGGGGAGAGGUAGGGGAGAGACCAGACAAUGGUCUUCUGGAGGACACUCAAAAGGAGACUCCAUGUCUCCCUAUCAGGCAGACUACUGGGCCUGUGCCAUCCCUAAAACCUUGCCUCCAUCUCCAGACAGGCAUUCUGCAGGCUGGGACCCUAACAGGGAGUACCAGGCCUUGCUGGACUACACCUACCCCCUAAGACCAGGACAGGUGGUCAGUGAGUGGGACAGCUCUGAGCUCCAGGGAGACUCUGAGCUCCAGGGAGACUCUCUCCUGCAAACAGACCUGCAGGACUCAGGGAUUGAACUGGACCAGCUUUGUAGCUCUACCAGCCUGUCAGGUUUGGACUUUUCUGUGAACGGUACAGGGCAGACCAGAGACAGAAGUCCUCUCUGUGCUGGUGAUAGGUCACCUGACCCGCCAGGGUUCACCAGAUCCUCAGAUGGUCUGCCCUCCAGUACCCCGCUCUCUCUACCAGACCCUGUGGGUUUGUCCUUGAACAGUUUGGAUUGCAGUCCGGACAGAGGUGGACUGGAUCCUCACAUGAGUGGUGAUGAUCACCGUCAUCAGCACCGUGCACCAUCCUCCUCCACCUCCACCUGUCUCUUUCCUCGGCCCAGGCGUGUGUGUGGGGAGGUGGACGAAGAGUUCAGGCCUCUUCCAGAGCAGCUGGAGGAGCUGCAGCUGCUGUCCAGACAGGUGAGGGAGGUGACAGCCAAGCUGAGGCGGCCCGUCACAGCCAGCUGGGAGUCUCUGGAGCCCAGAGCCACCUCCAUCCUCUCCUCCAUCACCCUGCCUGAGAAACAGGAGGCCGAAGACGAGGAGGGAAGCAGUCAAGACGCAGCUGAGGGAAAAGAUGAGAUGGACAGAGAGGAGAGGAGCACUGUUCGAACAGCAGCUGGUCAUAGGGGCUCUGAGGCAGUGAGGAGGACCUCUGGAGCCUUGGUGGAGCCUGUUGGAGGGGGACUGAGUCGGUCCAGUCUCAGGGAGGCGGAGGCUUUGGUGGAGCAGCUGCGUGGCCUCACCCUGCCUGGCAGCCAGGAAGACAGACAGCAAAGUGACUCUCUGAUGAAGCACAUCCAGGUCUUCUGUUCACAUCUGGAGCAGCUGAUCCAGCAGCUGUACACAGUGUCAGAGAAGAUGGAGGUGCUGGCUGCACCCACUGCAGACAUCGAGAGUGUGAAGUCGUCUCUGGCUGAGUAUCAGAGUUUUCAGAGAGCGGUGAGCAGCCAUCAGCCCCUGACCUCCUGUGUCCUGCACAGCGGACAUCUUCUGCUCAGCUGCAUCAACACCACGUCUCCACUUUUAAGAGACACCCUGCAGCUGAUCGAGAGGCAGUCUGGAGCUCUGCACACCUACACCGAACACCUGUUCUCCUCCAUCCUGUCGGCCAUGGACAGCCUGACCCAGCCCAGUCUGCCCAGUCCGGUCCAGCAGAGCAGAGGGGAGGAGCCGCGCCCUGUUGGGCUGCAGGGGUCCACUUUGUGAACAGACUUCAGGACACGUCUGUGAUUUAUUUCACUUAUUUUUGGCCUUUGAUUGCUUACUUAUUAAAACCAAUUCUGGUCUUUGAUACAACAAUCUUAUUUAGGGAUUCUCAAAAAGCACAAGUGACUUUUUUUCUACACGUUAGCAUGUUGGCUAUGAACGAUAACAUGCUGCGGAGCAAGAUGUCCAAAGAUGUUCAUGAAGGAAACAGGGGUGUGAUGUCUAAAGUGAACUGAUCACAUUGACUAAUACAGGAAGAACUGUCUGAAGAAUUACAUGUUUUUAUCAUAAUAUUGCACUAUUUUUUCUACUCAUACUCACUGUCACUGUUGUAUUUUACAAGACUUAACCCUCCUCUGAUCACUUGAAGUGCCUCUGUAGCCACAAUACUAGAAACACGACAGACACAAUGAAGGAUGGUCAGAGUACUACACUGUGUCUGCUGUUACUGCUGCACAGGAAGAACAAACAGCAGCUAAACCCUCUCUAAGUCUGACUGUGAGCAAUUCAGUCAAUGUACCAGCAAUUUAAAAACGCUUUUCUAAAUGGACUCACUGAAUUUGAAUUUAAAAAACUCAGUAAUAAUACAAAGGUCAUUGAACCUUAAGGAGAAGAGUUAAAGGUGUUUUGUAGAACUCUUUUUAUUUCAAGGAAAUGUGAACUUGGACUCGGAACAGUUAGUGUGUUGGUCCAGCCCAGUUCUGCAGAUCAUACAGAGAGAGAUGAUGCAGCUUUUUACAUGAUGCAAUAAUCCCUCAUUUCUCCUUUUAAAGACAGAGCUCUGACAUACAGCCACCAGCUGAGGCUGUGAUGGUGGUGGAGAUGGUUGUUGCUCCAGCUCCAGCUGCUGCUGUGGUUCAAUCCGAUGCCGAUUUGAACCUGUGGUGCUUCUAUCAGAUAUGACAGAUGACAGAUGUUACCACCAUGAGUUGAAGAAUACAGUAGCUUCAAUAUGAUGGUCAUCCAGCACAGCCACACCAAUCCCUUAAACUACCUGUACACAUAAAAUACAGUGGCAAGCAAGAAACACACAACACAGCAUCAGUCAGUGUUGCCCACAGUGUGUCAUACAAGCAGUGGUAUCGCAAAAUUCAACCAGAAAUUCAGUGUCCCAGUCAACCCAACACCAGAGUCAGUCUCUCAGCCAGAGUCAAGUUUCCUGCUCAGUCAGAGGUUUCUUGGUCUCUGUGAAGUGUGUCAGAGAAACUCUCUCUCAAUGUUAAACUAAGAAACUAUAAACUAAUGUGUCACAGCCAGAAUCGUAACAGAGCAUCACUCCAUGACUGUAGUCAUAAUCACAGCUACAGUCUGUCAGACAUCUGAUACCUGUUACUAUAUAUAGCCUUUCUCUGUGGAUCGGGGGGGGGGGGGUGCAAAAGAUAUUGAGAGGUAACAUAAAAUAUUAACACAAACACAGACGUGACCUUCCGGGGCUCUGUAGGAAGUAGGAAGUUAUCUCAAGGCAUUUUCCAAAUAGAACAGGUCUAGACCUUCACUUUAUAAUAUUAUUUACAGACCCAACAAUUCCCACCAAGAGCUGCACCAGGCGACAGUGGCAAGGAAAGACUUCCUUUUAAGAGGCAGAAACCUCGAGCAGAACUGGACUCAGGGUGGGCGGAGCCAUCUGCCUCCACCGGUUGGGUUCAUAAAUGAUGCAUCAUUUAUGAAUAAAGUGAACCAAUAUCUAAUAGCUGUUUUGAAGAAGGUCAAUUACUGGCACAAUAGUGAGAUAGUUGCAUCGUGAACCGCUCUGUGUCCGGCCUUCACUCCAUUCUGACCUGUGAUCAGCUGGUGGACAGUCAGACACCAUGUACUGUACUGUGGGACAUUGCUACUUGCACUAUGAUCUGAGUUUCUUACAGGGUCUCACGGCUUUAACAGGACAGCUGGGUCCAACCUACACACACAGCCUUAAAACAUUUUUGAUGUCACUCACUGUUGUGUGUUAACGAGUAUGGUAAAGGGUCAGUUCACCCAAAUUACACAAGAAGACAUUUUCUCUGUUCUCUCCAGUCAGAUAGUUGUAGUUUUGUGUGUCUCCUUCCACAAUCUGUGAAUUACUUCUGUCGCUAGCUUUCAUUGGACCUUCUUUCUUCCUCAGAUACACUAUCAUCCUCAGAGACACAGACAUGGUCAUUUUGUCAUUUGGGUGAACUUAUCCUCUUAAAAAGCUCAAACCUUUCACUAUACUGUCACUCAAUUAAAGUCACUGAAUAAAC